GUUACCAGUAGAGGAUGGAAACAUGGCGCACUGGACCCGCUUCGAAAAGGAGCAAGAGGCAGAUAUCAAGCGGCUGAUCUCCUGUCUGAGCGGGCUGCAUGACGAGCAGGACAACAACUUUCAGCUGGCCCUGCAGUUUGCCUGGUCUAACUUCAGAUUUCAUCGAUAUCUUGAUGUUAAUAGCCACAAUGUUCACAGGACUUUGGAAGGUAUAUAUGAGAAACUAGUAAUUCAUUCGGACUUGAGUAAAGCAGAAAGCUGGAAGAGACUGACAGAAGAAUUCUUAAACCUGCCUCUGCCAAACACUGAGGGAUCCAAGACCGAUGCACAUUAUGCUAUUUUGGGCCUCCUACUCACUUUGUCUGAUUCACCUUCUAACAAUGACUAUGUUGAAAAGGAAAGGAAAAAACAAACAGAAGAAAAGGAGCCAUUUGACUGGGGAAAAUAUCUAAGGGAAGGUGAAGAUUUUGGACUAAGUCUUGAUGCAGACACCCCAGAAUGGUUGAGUGAGGAAGAAGAUGACCAGGAUCCCCUCAGCAGGGAAGAUUCGGGAAUACAGGUUGAUAGGACACCUCUAGAGGACCAAGAAAAGAAAUCCGCUGCUCCUAUAGUAUCAUGGAAAGUGGGAGAGCCAGAUGCACGGACUUGGCUGGAGCAGCAUGUAGUACAUCAAUACUGGACAUCCAGAGCGCACAGAUUUUCUCACAGCUCACACUUGCACUCUAAUUUGGCAGCUAUCUGGGACCAGCACUUAUACUCCACAGAUCCUCUUUAUACACCUGAUGAGAAAACAGUUGUUACUGAAACCCAGGUGAUUCGAGAAACUCUUUGGUUACUGUCUGGUGUAAAAAAGCUGUUAAUUUUUCAUCUGAAUGAUGGGAAAGUGACAGUGAGGAAUGACAUUGUUGUGACUCACAUGACUCAGAAUUGUCUGAGGUCAGUGCUUGAGCAGUUAGCAGCGUAUGGACAAGUGGUUUUCAGGCUGCAGAAAUUCAUUGAUGAGGUCACUGGGCAUGGAUCUGAGAGUACACUGCCAGGGACCCUUCCAACUGCCAAGAAGAAUACUGAAGCUCAAUUUCGUACAUACCAGGCUUUUGUGUGGGUUUUGUACAAAUAUUUUACCAGUUUUAAAGAAGAACUAACAGAGAUUGAAAAGUGUAUCAUCAAUAAAGAUCAAACCAUGACUUUGUCAAUGGUGAUUGACAAGUUGGCACCUCGACUUGCACAGCUUAAAGUACUACACAAGGUUUUCAGCACUGGGAUAGCAGAGGUACCACCAGACACAAGGAAUGUGGUGAGAGCCUCUCAUCUUCUAAACACUUUAUACAAAGCAAUUCUGGAAUAUGACAACGUAGGAGAAGCUUCAGAGCAAACGGUAUCUCUACUUUUUUUCCUUUGGGUUGAAACUGUGAGACCAUAUUUAGAAAUUGUGGAUGAAUGGAUUGUUCAUGGCAAUCUCUUCGACCCAGCAAAAGAAUUCAUUAUUCAGAGAAAUAAAGAUGUUCCUGUUAAUCAUCGUGAUUUUUGGUAUGCUACAUACACAUUAUACAGUAUCUCAGAAAAGACUGAGAAUGAGGAUAAAAUGAGCGACAAUGCUAGUGCCAGUUCAGGCAGUGACCAGGCCCCAGCAAGCAGGCAGCACACCAUGGUCUCCUUCCUGAAACCUGUGCUAAAGCAGAUCAUAAUGGCUGGAAAGUCUAUGCAACUACUGAAGAAUUUAAAGUGCAAAGUGACGUCACACCAGAAUUCCAGAAGAGAUGCCGAUAGGAAAAGCCUGUAUACAUUAUUUUUAGAAUCUGUGCAAUCCCGUCUUCGUCAUGGGAAUGAUUCCGCUCCUGACAUCAUCACAGAACAGCAAGUUAACAAGCAGAGUCUGAUAAAAAUGCAGUCUAUAGUGGCCAGACAUCUAGAAUUAGAUGAUGUUCAUGAUCCCCUCCUGGCAAUAAACUUUGCAAGGCUGUAUUUGGAACAGAGUGACUUUCUGGAGACGUUUACCUGUGGAGAUGUCAGUGUUGACAGGUCUUCAGAAUCUGUAACAUGCCAGUCGUUUGAAUUGACCCUUCGCUCUUGUCUGUAUCCUCAUAUUGAUAAGCAGUAUCUACAGUGCUGUGGCAACCUCAUGCAAACCUUAAAGGAGGAUUAUAGGCUCGUAGAAUAUUUGCAAGCCAUGAGGAAUUUUUUUCUUCUUGAAGCUGGAGACACCAUGUAUGAUUUUUACACUUCCAUUUUUGAUAAAAUAAGAGAAAAAGAACCGUGGCAAAAUGUAGCUUUUCUGAAUGUUCAGCUCCAGGAAGCAGUUGGUCAGCGAUACCCUGAGGACAGCACACGGUUAUCCAUUUCUUUUGAAAGUGUUGACUUGGCAAAAAAGAAGCUUCCUGUACAUACAUUAGAUGGUCUGAUACUUAGCUACAAGGUUCCGUGGCCAGUUGAUAUUGUAAUAAGUUUAGAGUGUCAAAAGAUUUAUAAUCAGAUCUUUCUUCUCCUGCUGUUGAUUAAGUGGGCUAAAUACAGCUUGGAUGUCUUGCAAUUCAAUGAACUGGUUAAGGCUGAGGAAAAGGAAUCUCCACAGGGAGGUGCUGAACCACCCCCUCCAAUUUCUGUAACCUCAACAGAAGAACCCAAAGGGCAACAGAUUCACCGCAUGUUUCUUCUUCGUGUCAAGCUGAUGCACUUUGUUAACAGCUUACAUAACUACAUGAUGACAAGGAUACUGCACAGUACUGGUUUAGAGUUUCAGCAUCAAGUGGAGGACGCAAAAGAUCUAGAUCAACUUAUCAAAAUUCACUACAGAUACCUUUCUACCAUUCACGACCGGUGUCUUUUAAGAGAGAAGGUGAGUUCUGUUAAGGAAGCCAUAAUGAAAGUGAUGAAUGUUGUACUGAUGUUUGCUGAACGCUGGCAUGCUGGUUUAGGAGCAUGGAAAUUGGAAUCUAUUGUAAAGAUGGAAUCUGACUUCACAAAUUGUCACAAAUUUCUUGUGAAAGUACUAAACAAAGCUGUGUGCAGGGGAUCUUUCCCACACUUGGAGUCACUGGCUUUAUCACUAAUGGCUGGCAUGGAGCAGAGCUAGCAAUAGCACGCUAGAUGUUUCUUCCAGGAUUACAUCUAAAG